CAUCCCUAAACCCGCCUCACCCUUCUGCCUCAUCAAGCCCCUCCCCUCCCCCCUGCCUCCACCUUAUCCUCAGCGCAGCAACAGCUCCCGCUCCCGCACCCCCGCCUCCAAUGGCGUCGGCCAACGCCAUCUCCACCGCCUCCCUCCUCCGUUCCUUCUCCUCCCAGGGGAGGCUGAGGAGGUCCAAGAACGGCCGCUCGUCGCGGCUGGUGGUGCGCGCGGACGCCAAGGAAAUCGCCUUCGACCAGAAGUCCCGCGCCGCGCUCCAGGCCGGCGUCGAGAAGCUCGCCAGCGCCGUCGGCGUCACCCUCGGCCCGCGAGGGAGGAACGUAGUGCUGGAUGAGUAUGGCAACCCCAAAGUGGUGAACGAUGGUGUUACCAUCGCCCGUGCUAUUGAGCUAGCUAACCCAAUGGAAAAUGCCGGUGCAGCUCUGAUUCGUGAGGUUGCUAGUAAGACCAAUGAUUCUGCUGGUGAUGGGACUACGACUGCUUGUGUCCUUGCUCGAGAAAUCAUCAAGCUGGGUAUUUUGAGUGUAACUUCUGGUGCAAACCCUGUAUCGCUUAAGAAAGGAAUAGACAAAACUGUCCAGGGUCUGAUCGAAGAGCUUGAAAGGAAAGCUAGACCAGUUAAGGGCAGUGGUGAUAUCAAAGCUGUUGCCUCUAUCUCUGCUGGUAACGAUGAACUUAUUGGAGCCAUGAUUGCUGAUGCCAUUGACAAAGUGGGCCCAGAUGGUGUCCUUUCGAUUGAGUCGUCUUCAUCUUUUGAGACUACUGUUGAUGUUGAAGAAGGGAUGGAGAUUGACCGAGGCUACAUUUCCCCUCAAUUUGUGACAAACCUUGAGAAAUCUAUUGUGGAGUUUGAGAACGCUAGAGUUCUUAUAACUGAUCAGAAGAUCACAAGCAUAAAGGAAAUCAUUCCACUUCUGGAGCAGACUACACAGUUGAGAUGCCCGCUGUUUAUUGUAGCUGAGGACAUUACUGGUGAAGCUUUGGCAACUCUUGUUGUUAACAAGCUCAGAGGUAUUAUUAAUGUUGCGGCAAUCAAAGCCCCAAGUUUCGGUGAGCGGCGGAAGGCUGUCCUUCAGGAUAUUGCCAUCGUGACAGGCGCUGAGUACCUAGCGAAGGAUCUUGGUCUGUUGGUUGAGAAUGCGACAGUAGACCAACUUGGGACAGCAAGGAAAAUCACAAUCCAUCAGACUACAACAACCCUCAUAGCAGAUGCGGCUAGCAAAGACGAGAUCCAGGCCAGGGUUGCACAGCUAAAGAAGGAGCUUUCUGAAACUGAUUCCAUCUAUGAUUCUGAGAAGCUGGCUGAGAGGAUUGCCAAGCUUUCUGGUGGUGUGGCCGUCAUCAAGGUUGGAGCAACAACCGAGACAGAGCUCGAGGACCGUCAGCUGCGGAUUGAGGAUGCGAAGAAUGCCACCUUUGCAGCUAUCGAGGAGGGCAUUGUUCCCGGUGGUGGUGCGGCAUAUGUGCACCUGUCUACUUACGUCCCCGCGAUCAAAGAAACCAUCGAAGACCAUGAUGAGCGCCUUGGUGCUGACAUCAUUCAGAAGGCAUUGCAAGCACCGGCGUCACUGAUUGCCAACAAUGCCGGAGUGGAAGGGGAGGUUGUGAUCGAGAAGAUCAAGGAGAGCGAGUGGGAGAUGGGUUACAACGCGAUGACCGACAAGUACGAGAACCUGAUCGAGUCCGGCGUCAUCGACCCCGCCAAGGUGACGAGAUGCGCGCUCCAGAACGCCGCCUCGGUGUCCGGAAUGGUCCUCACCACGCAAGCCAUCGUCGUCGAGAAGCCCAAGCCCAAGCCCAAGGUCGCCGAGCCAGCGGAGGGGCAGCUCUCCGUCUGAUCGAGCUGUAUGUAAAGCUCUCUUUCGGCCUCCUCCGUUUUUUAGAUGCUUCAGUUCAGGCCAGGCCAAGCAGUAGAAUUUUGGUUGAGAUCAACUCAAAGUGAAAAAAGGUCUAGAGUAAGAGUAGGAUUGCCAUUUUUGCGAACCGAACGGUAACCUUCCUCGCCUGAUCUGAAUGAACUCUUGUGAAUCAGAGAAAAUCUUCAGCGUCAUUUUUGAAAUAAAUAAAUACUGAUAAGACCACAGCGUUCUACAUUCUCCA